AUGAGUUAUUCAAAAGGAUUCUCCCCUGUUGGGGCGAUUUUUGGCGGCUUUUUUGUGGUAUCUGCAUGCAUUGCUCUUGUGCAGAUGUUCUUACUGUUUUCCCCGGUCUCACCAAUGUCUUUGAACUCAAACACCGAGCUGGCUGAACUCAGGUUUCAAAAUUGGAAUCUAAGAUUUGACUCAAAGCCUGACUCUUUGAGUAUUGAAGAGACAAUCGAGUCCUUGAAUUCCACCAUUCCAAACGAUGACGAGAUAGACUACUAUGGGAUCCCCACAGAAGUUCCUUGGUCCAGGAGAAGGAUCGACAUAGCAAAUGACGUUUUGUUCAAUAAGCCCGUGGUUUUUACUGUGAAUGAAGCUUUGGUGAGACAAGUUCGUGAUCUGGAUGAGUUGUUGGGAAGCGACUUUGAAUGGGUGGGUGUUGGUAGAAAUGACGGUAGAGAAAGCAGUGAGUUCCAGGCCGUUUUCUACAACACAAAAAAGGUCAAAGUUUUAUCUUGGGAUACUUUCUGGCUAUCUUACACUCCAUUUGAACCCUCCAAGUUUCCGGGUGCUGGUUCCUAUAGAUCAGCCACUGCCGUGAGGUUGAGGACUGUUGAUGGCUUGAAGUUCACCAUAUUGAAUGCCCAUCUAGAUGAUCAGAGUGAGGAGCAGAGGCGUUUAGGUGGAUCACUUCUCAGAUAUCGUGGGGCUUUUGAAUUUGAACAACAGGCUGGUCCGGUAUUCCUAUUGGGUGAUUUCAACUCGCAAUCGUCCGGUCGUUCUUGCGGAGCCUACAAUCUGGUUACUGGAAAUGAAGACUAUGUUGAGAUGAACAGCGAGUUCGUUGACAAAUACAAAAGUUCGAUUUACAAGUCGUUUACUUUUGAUGACAUCAUGGCAGCUACUCCGGUGGAAAGUAGACUGGGUCACCACGCCACGUUCACCAGCUUCAGAGCUUUGGGUAUCACGAGGGCCUUCAGCAGAAUUGACUUCCAGUUUGGCGGCAAUGCCCAUAAUGGCGAAAAGAAGUGGACAGCAAUAAGAUACAAGGUAGGCGAGAUGUGGUACGAUGACAGAUACCAUUUGUCGGACCACAGACCGGUGAUAACGGAUGUGGUGAUCGAAAAUUAG